AUGAGCACCAGCCUCCGUCCAGAAGAUCCCCGGCCCCUGAGCCUGGUGUCCACGCAGCAGACCACGCUGCUGCUGUUCCUCUUGGUGCUAGUCGCAGUGCACGUGGGCCAGUGGUUGCUGAGGCAGCGGCGGCGGCUGCCAGGGUCCACGCUACCGGGGCCCUUCCCAUGGCCGCUGAUCGGAAAUGCGGCGAUGAUGGGCCAGGCGCCACACCUCUCCUUCGCGCGCCUGGCGCAGCGCUAUGGCGAUGUAUUCCAGAUCCACCUGGGCGGCUGCCCCAUCGUGGUGCUGAACGGCGAGCGCGCUAUCCACCAGGCUCUGGUGCAACAGGGCUCCGCCUUCGCCAGCCGGCCACCCUUCACCUCCUUCGGCGUGGUGUCCAACGGCCGCAGCCUGGCCUUCGGCAAAUAUUCGGAGGCCUGGAAGGCCCGGAGGCAGGCGGCCUUCAGCACCGUGCGCGCCUUCUCCACGCGCCAACCGCGCAGCCGCCGCGUCCUCGAGGGCCACGUGCUGGGCGAGGCGCGCGAGCUGGUGGCGCUGCUGGUUCGCGGGAGCGAGGGCGGCGCCUUUAUAGACCCCAGGCCGCUGACUGUGGUGGCUAUGGCCAAUGUCAUGAGCGCCGUGUGUUUCGGCUGCCGCUACAAGCACGGCGACGCCGAGUUCCUGCAGCUCCUCAGCCACAACGAGGAGUUCGGGCGCACGGUUGGGGCCGGCAGUCUGGUGGACGUGCUGCCCUGGUUGAAGCGCUUCCCCAACCCCGUCCGCACCACCUUCCGCCAGUUCGAGGAGCUCAACCGCAACUUCAGCAAUUUCAUCUUCGAUAAGUUCCUCAGACACAGGGAAAGUCUGCGCCCGCGGGCUGCUCCCCGCGACAUGAUGGACGCUUUCAUCCUUCUGGCAGGAAAGGAGAUCCAAGGCUCCCGAGACGGUGGCGCGCGCCUGGAAGUGGAGUACGUGCCGGCUGUGGUCACUGACAUCUUCGGCGCCAGUCAGGACACGCUGUCCACGGCGCUGCAGUGGCUGCUCAUCCUCUUUACCAGAUAUCCUGAAGUACAGGCCCGAGUGCAGGCCGAAUUGGAUCAAGUUGUGGGUAGAGAGCGUCUGCCCUGCAUAGAUGACCAGCCCAAGCUGCCCUACAUAAUGGCCUUUCUUUACGAAGCCAUGCGCUUCUCCAGCUUUGUGCCCAUCACUAUUCCUCACGCCACCACCACUGAUGCCUCUGUCCUGGGCUACCACAUCCCCAAAGACACAGUGGUUUUUGUUAACCAGUGGUCCGUGAAUCAUGACCCAGCGAAAUGGUCUAACCCAGAAGAGUUCAAUCCAUCCAGGUUCUUGGACAAAGACGGUUUCAUUAAUAAGAACCUGACCAACAACGUGAUGAUCUUUUCCGUGGGCAGGCGGCGGUGCAUCGGGGAAGAGCUCUCCAAAGUGCAGCUGUUUCUCUUCAUUUCCAUUCUGGCUCACCAGUGCAAUUUCAGGGCCAACCCGGACGAGCCCUCCAAAGUGGACUUCGUUUACGGUCUGACCAUUAAACCUAAGCCGUUUAAAAUCAACGUCACUCUCAGGGAGUCCAUGGAGCUCCUUGAUCAAGCCGUUGAAAAGUUACAGGCCAGUGAAGAGUGCCAGUGA